ACGUGGACGCCAUCAUUGAAUCACAAAACUGAAACUGCGUCUAGAGAGAGAAUUUGAAGAAGUACUCAUGGAUGUCUCGGGAAGCUUGACUUGCAUCGUCGUGGCUGUAGAUGGAAGCGAGGUGAGCAUGGAAGCUCUAAAGUGGGCUCUGGACAACCUCAAGCUCUCACCGUCUUCUCCCGAUUCAUCGUUCGUCGUCCUCCAUGUCCAGCCUUCGCCUUCUAUCACCGCAGGCGUUAGCCCCGGCACCAUCCCUUUCGGUGGUCCCAGUGGUGUGGAGGUUCCUGCGUUCGCCGCUGCGAUCGAGCAGCACCAGAAGAGGAUCACCGAUGCGAUACUCGAACACGCUCGUCAAAUCUAUGCUGAUAGAUCGGUGAAUGUGAAAACGCAAGUGGUUGUUGGAGAUCCCAAGGAUAAGAUCUGCGAGACUGUUGAGAAUUUGAACGCUGAUUUGCUUGUCUUGGGUUCUCGUGCUUAUGGCCCCAUUAAGAGGAUGUUUCUGGGAAGUGUAAGCAGCUACUGCACCAACCACGCUCACUGUCCUGUUGUGAUAAUUAAACCCAAGGAGGAUUCUCCUGAAUAAUCAGGAGAUAUGUGUGCUUAUGCAAAAGGGAUAUCAAACCCAUCUUUGUAAGUUUGUGGAGCUAUGGAAGCAAAGCAAAGAAUCCAGGUGCUUUUACAUGUUAAUGCAUUGGUGUGAAAGUGUAAAAUUAAUAAGAGCUACUGAAACAUUGGUUGGAUCAUCAGUCUCAGGCUCAGAAUAUGUGUUGUAUUCAUAAUUUUUUUUUUUUGGUAAAAGUGUUGUUGUAUUCAUAUUCAUCGUUUCUAUAUAUUAAUAUAUGGUGAAGUUAAAUGA